GGUUGGAUUUUGUUUUCUACCACAUAUUUUGCAUUAUUCCUCUUAUUUUCUUCUGAGUUGAUGCUGUUGUAAUAAAGCUCCAGAGCACAAUUGCAAUGGAAACCCACACGUAGAAGGGAUGCCAAGGACAUCAACGAGUCAGAUUCACUAAAUAUUUUUGUUUCAUCUUCUAAUGUCAGUUGCUACUCACAAUCUUGACCCAUCAGAUAAAAUACCACAAAGUUAAAUAUUGCAAAUAGUCUUUCUUUAAGAACAGAACCAACCUCUACCUCAUCUAGGCAUCAUGCAAUGACCAAGGUAGUUAUUUAAAUGGAUCAGGAGAGGAAAAUGUAAAAAAACUUUACACUUUAGUACAAAAAAUUACCAUACACGAUUAUAGGUGUGAAGUAGAGUCCUUUCCAUGUGCACAUUGCAUGAACUCUUGCUGCUUGCAGCUGCACAAGGGUAGAGAGGGCACUUUCUCCAUGAUGCACAUUCCACCCAAGUAGCUGGAAAACAGAAAUGGGGGGGUCUAUCCAACCCUUGCUUCAGCUCUGAACCCCCCAGUGCAGCAAGCAGCUGGGACAGGACUUCAGAAAGCACCUUCCAAGAACUGAGACGCUAAGCCUGGAGGAACUAGGGCUCAACUAGAAACUCAUCAUUCACACAGGAGUAAAAUACUGCUCCAGGUAUGAGUCUUCGGAGGGAGUUUCCCUAUGGGAAACAAUUUCUUUGAUGUGGUAUUUUCAGGUAAUUAGCAGGGAAAAGAAAAUAAACCUCUGCCUGAACUGUUCCACACAAGACAGAUGAUAAAUGUUUAGAACUGGCUGAGCAGAGACCGGAAUGACCCAUGCCUACAGCAGGUAAAGGGAGCUUCAUGUUGACAUCUUCCCCUACCUUCCAUUCUCUCUCCCCAGAGGACCCCAGGGCUACACACGUUCUCAAAAUGCACCUGGCCAAGCUUCUCCGAGCAUACAACAGCCAAUGCUGCCACUGAAACAGUUGAGUUGCCUGGAGUUUCAAUAGGGAAAAGCCCUAGAGUGCUAAAAUACCUGUGAGAAGGAACUUCACAAACACUGCCAUUGCUAACAGAAAGCUCAGGGUGUCACUUCAGGGUGUUGAGAGUGCUGCUAACAGAUGUCCCUGCACCCAAAAGUGACCCAGAACCUACAAGGACCAGAGCAGAGUUUCAGAGGCUCCCAUGGUGAGAGUAGGAGCACAGGACACUCUUAGCACUCAGUGCCGCUUCAGAAACACCAGAGCCAUCUCCCAAACUGGGAGGAUUUCAUCCUUUUGGUUCAAAUCCAUCAAAAUGCUGAUGUGCACGAUGAAUGCUGGAUCUGGUACCCUCCACCAACAGCACUUCAACUUCCCUCUAGAAGCAACAUCCUCCCUCCUCCCAGAGGGAGUAUAAAGCCUGCCUGACCUCUGUACCGUCCAUAGUGGCGCAUGCAAAAAAAGAAAAAAAAAGCUCAAGCUACACUAGCAUAUCUAGGCACAGGAGAAUCCUGUAUUCCCCUUCACAAGGGAAGGGGAAUCCUUGCUGGCUCAGUGACAGCAGUCCUACCCACUACUUGCAUGUGACAUCAGCUCUUAGCUACCCUGCACCACUCUCCUUUUACCUCAGACAUCUCCACAGUCUGUAAUAUACACUAAACACAUGCAUUCCACAGCCCCCUUCUGCUGUCAGCCACCACUCCAGCCAGAGUCUCCCAGCUUGGGUGCAGGCUGCUAGCUGAAAUCUUACAGCCCCUGCCUUCAAAUCUCAGCUGCAGAAGUGCUCACAAGUGAUAUCUGCAACUAAACUGCAGGUAGCCUAGCAAAUGAUACAGGAGAGAGGUGUUCUGAUUUGAUGACUCAAGACAAGUGGGCAGACUGAGCUGGGUUUGGUUAGUAAAUAAACCUAUCACCAUUCCUUUGGAUGCCUCACUUCCCAUAUCGGAAAGCUAGAAACCAUAUAAAAGUUGCUGGGUCUCACAGCACAGCAUUCAUUCAGCUUUGCUCGGUUGUAUGUGCCAUCAGAACUGAGAAGGGUAAGUCCAUUUCUGCUGAACGGAGAGAUUCUUCCCCUUUUCUAUUUAUAAUUGUAGAACAGAAAUGCCUCAGUAAAGUAAACUUGAUGGGUGAUAGCUUGAAAGGCAGGAAAGUUGCUUUGAUUAAUUUAAAUCUCCUAAUGAUGUCAAUAGAAAUAAAACAAUCCCAUGAUGCUGGAAGCAAUGUGAUUCAUCACUACAGAGAUCCAGAUAGAAGAGUUUUGGGAUAAAAGACUUCAAAUGAUAGGUUCAUUAUCUUGAGCAAUCUCUUGAAAGUGCAAGGCUUUUCUAAGUUGCUGUGAUCCAUGGAUCACACUGAACUUAAAAGAAAGGCAGUUCACUGACUAUAGAUAUCCUUUUAAUGUUAUUGUGCUGUAAAAGGGUCCCUCUGGAUGGUGGAAAUUAUCGUUGACAGCAGCAGCUUCUCUUGAAGCUCAUUUUCACAAGGCUCAGCAGUGUCUCCUUGGUGCUCCUUCCUAACAGUUCUCUUCCUUGCAGGGUUGCUGCUCAAAGAUGUGCUCCCGACAGAACUCCGGAGGCUGCCACGAAACAUCCUCCCAGUCCGGGGGAUGCCACAGCAGGGGCUCAUCCUGCCAUGGGGGCAGCUCCUCCAGCUACCAGGCACUGGGCUCCUCUUGCUGCGGGAGCGGAGGCUCCAGCAGCUAUGGUGGGGGCAUGGCCUCGUCCCAGCAGAUCCAAGGAUCCUCCGGCUUCGGCACGGGAGGAGGAUCCAGCGGGGGCUCCAUUAUCAUCUCAUCUGGGGGUGGCAGUGGAGGGUCGUCCGGAUGCUGCACUGGGGGCGGAUCCAGCGGGGGCAGCACCGGUGCCAGUCAGAAGAUCAUUGUUAGCUCUGGAGGUGGAGGAGGUGGCAGCUCAUCCGGGUGCUGCAGCGGAGGAUCCUCAGGCUAUGGAAUAGGAGGAGGAUACAGUGGUGGGUCUUCAGGAGGCAAGAUCAUCAUAGCAGGAGGGGGGAGCAGCGGAGGAUCCUCUGGAGGCUGCAGCGGAGGAUCCUCAGGCUAUGGAAUAGGAGGAGGAUACAGUGGUGGGUCUUCAGGAGGCAAGAUCAUCAUAGCAGGAGGGGGGAGCAGCGGAGGAUCAUCUGGAGGCUGCAGCGGAGGAUCCUCAGGCUAUGGCGUGGGAGGAGGAUACAGUGGUGGCAGCGGGGGAUCAGGCCAGAAGAGCAUUGUCAGCUCUGGAGGUGGAGGUGGCAGCUCAUCCGGGUGCUGCAGCGGAGGAUCCUCAGGCUAUGGCGUGGGAGGAGGAUACAGUGGUGGCAGCGGGGGAUCAGGCCAGAAGAGCAUUGUCAGCUCUGGAGGUGGAGGUGGCAGCUCAUCCGGGUGCUGCAGCGGAGGAUCCUCAGGCUAUGGCGUGGGAGGAGGAUACAGUGGUGGCAGCGGGGGAUCAGGCCAGAAGAGCAUUGUCAGCUCUGGAGGUGGAGGUGGCAGCUCAUCCGGGUGCUGCAGCGGAGGAUCCUCAGGCUAUGGCGUGGGAGGAGGAUACAGUGGUGGCAGCGGGGGAUCAGGCCAGAAGAGCAUUGUCAGCUCUGGAGGUGGAGGUGGCAGCUCAUCCGGGUGCUGCAGCGGAGGAUCCUCAGGCUAUGGCGUGGGAGGAGGAUACAGUGGUGGCAGCGGGGGAUCAGGCCAGAAGAGCAUUGUCAGCUCUGGAGGUGGAGGUGGCAGCUCAUCCGGGUGCUGCAGCGGAGGAUCCUCAGGCUAUGGCGUGGGAGGAGGAUACAGUGGUGGCAGCGGGGGAUCAGGCCAGAAGAGCAUUGUCAGCUCUGGAGGUGGAGGUGGCAGCUCAUCCGGGUGCUGCAGCGGAGGAUCCUCAGGCUAUGGAAUAGGAGGAGGAUACAGUGGUGGGUCUUCAGGAGGCAAGAUCAUCAUAGCAGGAGGGGGGAGCAGCGGAGGAUCCUCUGGAGGCUGCAGCGGAGGAUCCUCAGGCUAUGGCGUGGGAGGAGGAUACAGUGGUGGCAGCGGGGGAUCAGGCCAGAAGAGCAUUGUCAGCUCUGGAGGUGGAGGUGGCAGCUCAUCCGGGUGCUGCAGCGGAGGAUCCUCAGGCUAUGGCGUGGGAGGAGGAUACAGUGGUGGCAGCGGGGGAUCAGGCCAGAAGAGCAUUGUCAGCUCUGGAGGUGGAGGUGGCAGCUCAUCCGGGUGCUGCAGCGGAGGAUCCUCAGGCUAUGGCGUGGGAGGAGGAUACAGUGGUGGCAGCGGGGGAUCAGGCCAGAAGAGCAUUGUCAGCUCUGGAGGUGGAGGUGGCAGCUCAUCCGGGUGCUGCAGCGGAGGAUCCUCAGGCUAUGGAAUAGGAGGAGGAUACAGUGGUGGGUCUUCAGGAGGCAAGAUCAUCAUAGCAGGAGGGGGGAGCAGCGGAGGAUCAUCUGGAGGCUGCAGCGGGGGAUUCAGCAGUGGCAGUGGGGGUUCCUCAGGCCACACAAUCAUCAUCAGCUCCGGAGGAGGCAGCGGAGGGUCCUCCCAGUCCACGCAGCAGAAAUGCCCCAUUGUCAUUCCCAACGUUGAAUCCCAUCAAACCAAGCAGGCCUGCCACUGGCCCUCCAGCCACCAGAAGUAAUGGCCACAGAUGGCCCCGGAGCUCAGCAAGAACAGCCCUGCGCGUGACAGGUCACCAUUUUCUCUCUAGAUCUGAUGCUCUCUUCCCAGUUGGCCUGUUUCCUCCCAGCACAUCCUCUUCUCUUGAUGCUGCAUUGCUGUGAACUCAUUGUGCCAGUGCUCUACCCUGGUGCUGGCUUUACAAUGUCUUUGAUUGGGCUCCAUUGAUUUUUCCAAGAGUAUAUGUAAGAUCUAAUAAAUAUGAUAGUAUCCCAAGGAAGCCUUGUUUUGUUCCUUUAUUCCUCAACAGCCUCUCAUGGUUUUGAAAGCCGGAAAUCUAUUUGAUGAGACAUUUCAUUCUUAAUCUCUCUCUAGAGAAUUUGGUGGGUUGAAUAGUGAAUUGUCAUAAAUGUGGCUCUAAAGACACUUUACAGCCCCAGAAAUUUUUCACUGUUGUCUUCAUCCUGGGCUCAGCACAUUUGCAGAGACUAAGAGCACAGCCUAAAAACAGCAAGCCCCCACAGCUCCCCACCUCCCUUUGGCACUGCUGCUUUCCUUGUGCAGCUGUCUCAGCUCUUGGCUCAAAAUCUCCUGAGGAAGCGGCAGCCAUGGAUGAUGUCCGUGGAAUGGUGCAGUGCUGCUGGGAGACACAGACAAGCCCAACUAGGCUCAGUCCUGAAGUAUAGGGAGUGGUGCUGACCCAUGCUAGCAGCUAUUCCUGCUCAGAGUGGCUGGCAACAAAGGCUCAUGGAAUGCCCUCUUAAUUUAAUUCACUUUAUUUAAUCUCACACCUG